AUGCGACAGAGGGGCGGUGCUUCGGGGGCUGACUUAACCGGAUGUGCCGGGCUCCCGCCCGCGCUUGACAGCAAGGCUCUUGGAGCAAUGGCGGCGUCCACGGCGGAGGUGCUGGCGCCUUUGGUGACUGCGCUGUAUGAGGCUCAGGCUUUCAAAUUCGGAAACUUCUUGCUUAAGAGCGGGCUGUCGUCUCCCAUCUACGUGGACCUGCGCGGGAUCGUUUCCAGACCGCAGCUCCUCACCCAGGUUGCAGAUAUCUUGUUUGAAACUGCUCAAAAUGCAGGGCUCAGUUUUAACACCAUAUGUGGCGUGCCAUAUACAGCUUUGCCUUUGGCAACAGUCAUCUGCUCAACCAACCAAAUUCCAAUGCUUAUUCGGAGGAAGGAGACAAAAGAUUAUGGUACCAAACGUCUAAUAGAAGGAACAAUUAAUCCAGGAGAAACCUGUUUGAUCAUUGAGGAUGUGGUGACCAGUGGUUCUAGUGUUUGGGAAACUGUUGAAGUCCUUCAGAAGGAAGGUUUGAAAGUCACAGAUGCCAUUGUGCUGCUGGACAGAGAGCAGGGAGGCAAGGCCAAAUUGCAAGAGCGGGGUAUUUGCUUACAUUCUGUGUGUACUUUGUCAAAGAUCCUAGAGAUUCUUGAACAACAAAAAAAAAUUGAUGCUGAGAUGGUUGGGAAAGUGAAGAAGUUUAUUCAGGAGAACACCUUUGUAGCUGCUGAGCAGAAUAGUAUGGUACCUACAGAACUUAGCUUUGGCAUGCGUGCCCAGCUCCCUGAUACCCAUCCAAUAACAUCAAAACUUUUCAGGAUUAUGGAAAAGAAGCAGACCAACUUGUGUCUUUCUGCUGAUACAACCGAGGCCAAAGUGCUAUUGAAUCUGGCAGCCACUCUUGGUUCCCGCAUCUGUAUGCUGAAGACUCAUGUAGAUAUUCUGAAUGAUUUUGAUCUUGGGGCUAUGGAGGAAUUGAAAGCUUUAGCAAAAGACCAUGAAUUCUUAAUAUUUGAAGACCGAAAAUUUGCUGAUAUAGGAAACACAGUGAAAAAACAAUAUGAAGGUGGUGUUUUCAAAAUAGCUUCCUGGGCAGAUCUAGUAAAUGCUCAUGUGGUACCAGGCCCUGGAGUUGUGAAAGGCCUGAGUGAAGUGGGGAUGCCAAUGCACCGAGGCUGCCUCCUGAUUGCAGAAAUGAGCUCUUCUGGGUCCUUAGCCACGGGUGACUACACUAAAGCCGCUGUGAAAAUGGCUGAAGAACAUUCAGAGUUUGUAAUUGGUUUUAUUUCUGGUUCAAGAUUGAGCAAGAAACCAGAAUUUGUUCAUUUGACUCCAGGUGUCCAGUUACAAGCUGGAGGGGAUAAUCUUGGCCAGCAAUAUAAGAGCCCUCAAGAAGUUAUUGGUAAACAAGGUUCUGACAUCAUCAUUGUGGGCCGUGGCAUACUGACGGCCUCAGAUCAUCUAGAAGCAGCUGAAAUGUACAGAAAAGCUGCCUGGGAAGCCUACUUGACUAGACUUGGUGUUUGAGUCUCACAAAUACUUUUUUUAUUUUCUUAAAAUAUUACUUCUCAAAUUCCUUAACCUCAUUGACCAUACCACAAGAUCAAAAUUGUAAAGACUAGGGGAGUUGUCAGGCACUUGAGUAUGUAACAACUCAGUCACUCCAUGGUAAUAAAUACUUUCUAAAAUAGGGUUUUUUGUGUGACAUACAUUUUCUUGGGCAACCAUACUAUCUGUUCCACCUACCUUUUAUUACCAGGGAAGUUAUCUCCCUAAAUAAGGACAAGAGAGCCAGAUUGAACGGCUUAGAUUUUUCAUCAUAAACCUUUCAUACUUUGUGUAUUUUUAUAUAAGGGGUGUUUUGGUUAUUCCCCUUUAAAAGACAUUAAUUGGGCAGCUAGGUGGCUCAGUGGAUUAAGAGACCCAGAGAUGAGAAAUCCCAGGUUCAAAUCUGGCCUUGGAUACUUCCUAGCUAUGUGACUCUGAGCAAGUCCCUAAACUUCAAUUGCCUAGCCCUUACCACUUUUCUGCCUUGGAAUCAAAACUAAGAGGGAAGGUAAGAGUUUAAAGAAAAAAAAGUUUUGUUUUGAUACCUUUUUUUUUUUUACAUUAAGAUCACUUUUUGAUCACCUCCCUUGUCACAAAGAAUUAUAGUUAAGCAAAACAAGUUCCACUGACCUUUUCAUACUUCAAGGACACCAUUCACUACUGAAAGAAAAGAGGUAUGUUUCAUUGUCCUUUGGAGUCAGGAUUGCUCAUUAAGCAGGGUUCUGACGCCUUUUAUUCUUACUUUCUUUCAUGCUGUAAUUACUGUGUACACUGUGCCCUUUGCUUUGGGUACUCUUCAUUCAUUCUUAUCAGUCUUCCAUCUCUGGGACCUUUUCUUCCGACUUUGGCCUUAUGUUGGAUUAUAUGCCCAGAAGUGGUAUUACUGGAUCAGAGUGUGGGCAAUUUAGUGACUUUGAAGAGACACGUUUUUCUUUAAAUACAUGGUGAACUAGCAGUGGAUAGAAGUACAACAUGAUUUUCUUUCUUAACCCUGGGGUGUGUAGGAGGGCAAUUUUUCCCUCCCAUUUUAUAUUCACUCUUUCUUUGAAUGAAGCACCUCCUUUAAAACACCAUGGCUCUAUCAGGAGGAAAUUCCACAUCCUAUCAUCCAUAAAAAUAAAAGUGUUGACUGUGAUUGGAGCAACCCUACCACCAAACAGGUUAGCUAGUUUUUCCUUGAAAGGUACUGAGACAUUCUUCAAAACAUGGUUGACUCAGGGGACUUGAUACCACUGCCUUAUUGCCUGUGUAUUCAGAUGUUUGGCGAAUACCUUGUUGUGGCUAAAUAAAUCUCUUGCUAAUUAUUGAAUAA